CGAUGAAAAGGGGCCAAAUCGAGCAUAUGCCGCAAACAUGGCAAAGUUACUGCGUAGGCAACCACUGGCAUGUCCAAACACGAACAUCCCGAUUCUGUCCGUAAAAUUGCAUUCUUCCUGCCGCGACCUGAUCUGACUGUGUCUUCCUGCCAUGAUGCCUUGAUGUACCUAGGUACUCAAUCCAGGCAAGAUGCUCUGCCACGACUGUCGUGCGCUAAUCCGGCAGGCUGAUGAUGUCCUUUGCUCCUGCGAGAUCCAGAUGACCGUGAAAACGGAGGUCAGCACCGCCGAAUUUGAAGCCGCCAUUCGCGACAAAUGCUACCUCUGUAUGAGGUUACGACUUCAAUUAGGGGAUUUCAAAUGGCAACAUGUUGUGUCGUCUCUCCCCAAGACAAACCUGGUGGAUUUCGACAAGGCUGCGUCCUGCCAUCCUCCCUCCAUGAUCCUCGUAAGGCUGGGUUGUCGGCUCACUCCCAUAUUGAACCAAGGUCAAGAGGGAAUGCCAUUGCUCGGUAGCAGCUACUCGUACGGGUACAUCCAAGUGGCUCUUUUGCCAGGACCUCCCAGUCUGAGGUGGGCUACAUUUCUCCAACUCAUCUGCAAGCCGUUGUCAUUGCGGCCAAGGGUGCACCUUCAACGUCAGACCCCCGCGUGCUUGAUCUGGUUCACCACUGGCUGGAGACUUGCAGGUCUUCACCCAGUCAUUCCAAUUGCAAUCGUUCUCUUCAGUUUGCUUCAUACCCUAGUCGCUUGAUCGACGUCCGACCCGACAACACAACAGCCGACACCUGGAGACUGGUGGAGGUUGAUGAGACUCACGAUGUUACAGGCGCGUAUAUGACUCUCAGUCACCGAUGGGCUUCUGAGGCCUUCAAACUGGAGCGAGCCACCCAUGCAGACAUGCUUCGUGGUAUGUCUCUCGCGGCUCUCCCUGGAACGUACCAGGAUGCCAUUCGAAUUGUCCGGCGGCUGGAUGUCCGUUAUCUCUGGGUGGAUUCUCUAUGUAUCUUUCAAGACGAGCGGCUCGAUAUCCAAACAGAGGCCAUCAGAAUGGCCGAGAUCUUCGGCAACGCCUUGUGCAACAUAUCUGCUCUUUCUGGGAGGCAGGACGGCCUAUUUUGCACCCGUGCCCCGGAAUUAGUCAAUAGCGACUGUGUUAUCUUGAAUGCUGAAAACUACGACCUCAAGCAGUCGUAUUUCUUGAACGACCUGCAACUGUGGCGGGGUGAGUUGCUCCAUAUGCCCUUGACUACACGAGGAUGGGUACUUCAAGAAGAACUACUGGCCGCUCGUACCAUCUACUUUGGCUCUCGGCAGGUGCUGUGGGCUUGCACCGACUUUCGCGCUUGUGAAACCUAUCCCCAAAUGCACACAAAGAGAUCUAUACAAGCUACUGACGACAAGCAACAGUUCCUCCACGACGAGGAACUCGGUCCCAUCGCUGCUAUGCUUCAGGUUGCGAAAACCUCGAUACAAAAUUUUGAUCCCGAGCCAGUGUCUCCUGACAACGGAGAUCUGCUCUUUGGAGCGUGGACGCAGUUCGUUGCGCACUAUUCACUUCGCAAACUAACGUUUCCUGCGGACAAGCUUCUUGCUAUAGCAGGUAUCUGCAAGUUGUUCGGAGGAGUCAUGCACGACGAAUUCCUGGCGGGUCUCUGGCGCCAGCACAUUAUGACCGGCCUCUUGUGGUAUAUCCGGCCACACACAAUCACAAACCGUCCCGUCGAGUACCGCGCUCCUUCAUGGUCAUGGGCGUCAAAUGAAGGAUAUGUUAUGCACGCCGAGCCCUUCAAUUUCUCAUGGACCGUGGCCCAGGUCGUUGAUGCAAAGUGUCAACCCGAGGAUGGAGAGGAUUUUGGCAUGCUUGUAUCCGCGAGGCUGAGACUACAAGCCCCCUGCUUGGCCAUGUUCAUUGACGCCCGGAGUGAAUGGACUGCGGGCAGGACUGUAUCUGCAUCUCGCUUUAUCCCCGUUCCCCAACUCAUUGUACGAAUCGACAGCACAGAAGACCUGUCCGCCGCGGGGGUUGGCAGCUGCAGUCUUGUUGGGGCCAUCAUCCGAACCACGGCAUAUCGGCUGACUGACGUCGUGACGGGUGAUGGCAAUGGCUCUACCAAGAAAAUUCUUCUCGCAGCGCAGGGGAUUGUGCUUUUGCCUACCAGACCCAUCGUUGCACCCACGGGAGAUGAUGGAGAUGCUGCUGCCGAAGGGCACACCAAAGCAACGACCACGACAGCCGCAGAGUUUCGACGUGUAGGAUAUUUCGCUCUCGAGGACCGUAAAAGCGGCAGUAUCACACCGAAGUGGGCUCCUCAAGGGUGCAGGAUCUUCCGUGAGCCUGUGGAAUCGAAACAGCGAAAACAUUCCACAGAGUCAGGAUGGUUGAGAGAGUUUCCAUUUGAGGAGCAAAGCCAAUGGCUGAGGUUGAUGGAUGUCAUUUAGAAGAGCUUUCAUGUGUAAGUGCCUAUCGCUGUUGACACUUCCAGAUGGAUUCAUAUGAACAACCUCCACCACGGCCAUCAUCUCGUGUCGGCAGAUAGAAUACAGUUCACUCGAAUAAACUGAGACUCUUUCGCAGCAUAUCAAUCACUCCUGGGUGAUCUCAUUGAAAUACUUACCUGGAUACCUAUAUAUGUAGCCUAUUUCUUGAACGGUAACCUCCAGGUAAAUACUGUAACCUGGUCUAGCCUUGCCGUGUCUCCCCUCGAGACCACUCUUCUUCCAUACAACGCAACAAACCAAACACGGCCUGAUUGUAAUUCAAUUCUUUUUUUUUCUUUCCCGAAUCUUCAUUUAUAUUCCAACCGUCCCUGUUACUCCUAGUAGUCUAGCAGUACAUUUUAUCACUCACUGGCAACAAUCGGCUUCUGCGCCUUCCAGACAGCAUUCCAAAUCUCCAGCCCCCGCUCCCACAACUCAUCCUCGACAUCUUCAUGAAUCGUCCCAUCCUGAUCCAACAACCUCAGUCGAUUUUCCGCACUACACGGCCAAGAGACCCGAUCCUCACCAUACAAGAACUGAGCAAACGGUUCGAGAAACUUCUUGAUGACGGUUUUGUCCUGCUCACUGAAAUCGUAUCGCCACCCACUCGCCCACCAGAUGGGAAUAUCUGCCGAAUGGCACACUUUGACUUCUGGUUUGAGCCAGUUGUCUAGGGCUUGGGCGCGCCACGCGAUGCGGUAGCGAUGGACUUUUGACAAAGGAAGAGGCAGUACUCCCGAUUUCUUCUCGUCCGGAUUCACCAAAACAUGAACCAGACCCCUCUGCGAAGCGUGGACCUGCGCAUCGGCGACCAUUUGACUAAACACCUCGGCCCAAGCAGAACCAGCUUCAUCUCCGUCGUUUGUGGAGGGGAGCUUAUAAAGGGGCAAUAAAGCCUCAACCACAGCUGGAGGAUAGUAGUUUGCCAGCUGAGUCAAAAGUUCAGCGUGGUUCCGAGGCGGAUUGACGAGUUUGUAGAGUUCCUUUUCGUCGCUGACUUCGCCUAGUAACACAGAAGUGUUGUUACGGGACAAGCGUGUCGCGAAUGCGCCGCUGUGCAAGGAGGACAAAAAUGUCGGUCGGAUGAACUCGCCGUCCGUGCUGGCGCGGAAGGUGUGCAUUUUUAGUUUGGACAGGGCGGCCACGAGAUCACUGGCGGGAAUUGCGCGCAAAGCGGCCAUCUUUUGGGCUGGAGUUGAGGAGGAGGAUAUGUCGAUCCCGAGGACGGAACAUAGUUCGUUGAAUUGGGCUGUUAGGAUGGGCGAGGUGCUGGCGUUGGGUUGGAUUGCUACGGCGUUGGACCAGAGAAAUAUGCGGCGGAUUAAGCGCCGGUUAGAAAAGGAUGUCGAGGAGGUGGUGGUGGUUGCAGAUGCAGAUGCUGGUGCUGGUGCUGUUGGUGCGCCAUCAUGUGCCACUGCUGAUUGUUGUCCUGAUUGUGAUUGUCCUAAUUGACUGUCAUAGUUCAAUUGAAAGAAACUCGAAUUCGCACCGGCCGACAAGCCCCCAACGGUGAUGUUGUUCGGGUCGCCGCCAAAC